AUGGCGGACGGCGACAGCAGCAGCGACGCGCUGGCCUUCGACUCGUCGACCGAGGCGACGAUCCACAACCUCGUCUCAGAGCUCCUCUCGCCCGAGAUCGACGAGCCGGAGCGCAUCCGCAAGAUGAACUGGCUGGCCGAAGUCCUCGAGAAGGCCGAGGCCGCGUUCCGCCAGACGCAGCCGAGCCCCGCGCGCCGCGACGGCCACCUCGUCGGCCACCUCUUCCGCAUCCUCGACGACUUUGAGGACUUUUACACGAUGCUCGAGCGCAAGCUCCAAGGCGACGCGGCCGACCGCGUCCGGAACGAGCGCAUGAACGCUGCGGUCUGCCGGCUCUUCCUCGCCACAUCGCCUGUCCACACGCGCUUCAUCGUGCGCACGCUGUACGAAGAAGACGUGCUCGACCGCGUCUGUCGCUGGGCCGAAGGCGCGCCCGGGCCGCUGCCGCCGCAUGGGCUGCAGUUGCAGUGCUACGCGGCCGGGCUCCUCUCGGUCGGCCUCCGCGACCGGUCGAUCGCCGAUACAGUCGUCAACCAUGCAACGCUGCCCGUAAGCUUGCUGCGGCGGUCGCGCUACUACGCCAUGGCACUCGAGAACGAGCGCGCGAUGGCGCUCGAGUACAUGGCGACGAUGCAGCAAAAGAAGCUCCCGAAAGGCGCCAAGAAGCCAAGCAGCGCGACCACGCCGACCGCAGCCAAGCGCCGGAAGCUCUCGAUCGACAAGACGACGUGCAUCGACGACGCGAGCCCAUCGCUUGCCGGCGCCGACAUCUCGGAUCGCCUCGUGCACGGGCUCCAGGACGACACGCCGUCCAUGACGCCAGAGGACAUUGCGCGGCGCCACGAAGAGCCGCCCAAGCAACUCUUGCUCCUCGACCUGCUGUACUGCCUCGAGUGCCUCGGGCUCAUGGGCGAGUACCUCGAGCUGCUCGCGCCCGCGCUCAAGGAGGACGUCCUCGGGACGAUUGUGACCUUUCUGCACAGCCCGCACCCGACGCUCUGGUCGGCGACGCUCAAGCUCACGUCGCACUUUCUGGCCCACAAGAAAUUUGCUUUCUCGUUUCUCGACGCCGGUGGCCUCCAGCUCGUGCUCGGGCGCCAGCGACCAGAAGAAAUCGCGCUGCUCCACCGGUCGAUGAGCAUGUGCCUUCACGGCUUUGCCUCGUCGUCGGUGGUCAUGGAGACCAUCUUUCGCCGCGAGAGCGACCGCAGCGCGCUGCUGCUCAUGGCGCUGACGCUCCUCGGGAGCCCGCACGACAAGGCGCGGCAAAACGCAGUGGUGUUCUUUGGCCUCGUGCUGCCGUUCCGGUCGGCGCUCGAGUUUUUCGAAGCCAACGACGGCGUGUACAUCCUCCUCAACCUCAUUCGCGCGGGGAAUGCGCCCAAGACGGCGGCGCAGCGCCAGCUCGCGCACGACGCGUGUCUGUGCUUGCGCCAAUAUGUCCGCGUGCACUUUGGCCUGCUUGUCUACGCGCUGCGUCGGAAGCUCCAUGGCCCGAACAGCCGCAUGCCGAAGCUCUCGCCGUACAAACCGAUUGAUAUUGACGACAAGAGCCAUGAGACGCAUGUCCUCCUCUUUGAGAAGCACGGCAAAGGCUUAAAGGACGCGAAAUGGGUGCUCGGCCUCAUGCAUUUGCGGGCGCCGUUGGUGCUUCUCGAAGUCUUGAACGUCUUUUGCAAGCAGUCGUCGCGGGACCUCGACCAAGAACCGACCUCGUACCGCGUCUGGCUCGUCGAGCGUGCGCAGUUCUCGCUCCAAGCGCUGCGGCUCCUCACGCUCGUGCACCCACCGAUUGCACCGGACGUUUGCGCGACCACGCUCGCCGAUGGACGGAAGAGCGGGCUCUCGAUCGUGCUCGAGUGUGCGAUGAGCACGCACUUUCGCGACGGCGACAUUGUCCGCGACGCGCUCCACGUCUUUGGCAACUGCGUGUACCCGCCCAUCAAGGCCAAAGAGUCGAGCGAGUCGGCUGCGGUCAAGAGCAUCCUCAAGCUCGCGCGGGACAAGAGUGCGCUCAAGGUCUGUCUCUCGCUGCUUCGGUACAAGCGGUCGCUCCAGCACGCCGACAGCGUCCGGUUCCUCGCCGCACGGGCGCUCCUCGGUCUCUCGCGCGACCGCCACGUGGCGCAGAUCCUCGAGCAAAUGCAAAUCGGCCAACUCCUAUCGGACUUGAUCCGGCACGAUCCCGUGCUCGAAGAGAAUGCCGACCUUCAUCUGCGCUUCAAGGAGGUGGCGCUCGAGCUCAUCUCGCACGUGACACACCGCGUGCCGAGCAGUGCGAUCCACGAAGCGACCGACCCAACCGUGCGCAAGAUUGAAAAGGCCAACAUCGUCGCCGCCACGCACAUUACGUACAACCCCAACGACCUUCUUCUCUUGAUCCACGACCAUCUCAAGGCCAACGGAUUGCAUGGCGCAGCCGACGCGCUCGAGACCGAGGCGCAGCUCAAGCAGCACGCGUCGUCGUCGGGCCCGGGCAGUCCAAACCCACGUCGUCGUCGCUUCAGCAAGCGCUUGAAACCCGACGUGAAGCUCGGGCGCGUAUUGUCGUUUGCGCAGCGCAAGAAGCACGUGGCGCGGCAGCUCAACGCGCCGCACUACUUUGAGACGCCGGUUGUCGACUCAGUCAAGAAGAAGGCGCUCAAGCGCGACGUCAAGACGACGUGGCUGGACACGGUCGUGCGGCAGUACUGCCGCGAGCAGCACCGGCAGUGUCCGAACCCGGUUGCGAUCGUGCCGCCCUUCUCGCUCGCGUCCUCGACGCCGCACGAGUGUCCGGACGUCGCAAUGGCGGCGCCGACGUACGCCAACAUUGGCAGCAGCCUCGUUGUCCGCAGCGCACUCGGCAGCACGCGCCGCGUGGACACGAGCAUGACGCGCUUUGUGUAUGGCCGGCACCGCGCCUUCCGCGUCGUCAGUCACGGAACCGACGUGCAGGGCGGGCUCACGGCCGCCAAGUUUCUCUCAGUGCCGCGCGACCGCCAUAUUUUACUGGGCACCGACCAAGGCGAGCUCUGCUACGUCAACUUGGAGCAAGAUGCCAUUGUCGGGCGCUGGCAGUGCCACUUGAACGCGGGACCGAUCACGAGUAUCUCGACCAACGAGCACACGCGACUCGCCUUCUCGCAUGCGAGUCCCCUCGUCCUCACGGGCACGUCGCGGCUCUCGCAGUACGUGCAGGCGACGAUCGGGCUUUGGGACCUCGGCCGCAUGGAGACGCCGCGCUGGACGCUGCCCGGCAUGCGCGCCGGCACCUUCAACCACGCCGGCGACCGCGUCGUGGCCAUGGCGUACGAAGCGGCGACGCACGCGGUAUUCGACCCGUCGAUCGCGAGUCCGGUGCGCGGCACGGCCAUCUACGAGGUCGAGACGGGGUCCAUGGUGGCGCAGCUGGAAGACCCAAUUCGGCCCUAUGGCAUUUACGGCGAUGCGACUAACUGCGUGUUUUCGCCCUGCGACACGACCGUGCUGGCCGACGGCAUGCUCUGGGACCUCCGCGUCUCGCGCGCGUUGCAUCAGUUUGACAAGCUCUCGAACGACGGCUACGGCUACUUUCACCCGACCGGCAACGAAGUGUUUAUCAACUCGGCAGUCUGGGAUCUCCGCACGUUCAAGCUGCGGCGGAUGGUGCCCGCGCUCGAGCAGAGCCGCGUCGCCUUCAACCACAACAACACCGUCUUGUACGCGUACUCGCCGUUUGAGCCGCUCAUGAAGGAAAGCUCCAAGAAGAUGCUCAAGCACAAGACUUGGUUUCGCGUCCUCGACGCACGCGACUACAAGGACAUCUCGACCGUCGACGUCGAGCGCCCGAUCUACGAUGUCUCGCUCAACUACCAAGAGACGCUGCUGGCGAUCGUCGAAGGCCGGUACCUCGACUCGGUGUACGGCGAAGACACGCCCGUCUGCCGCCUCUACGAGGUGGGUCGCAACAAGCCCAACGAAGCCGACUCGGACCUGGAGGACAACGUUGAGGAAUCCGAGUCGAUGGAGGACGACGAUUUCGAGUCCACGUCGAGCUUGGAAGAGGAAGAGGAAGUGGAUGAGGAAGACGACGAGGAUGACGUGAUGGAAGCGAAUGGGAGCCUGAGCGACGACGACGCCAUGUCGGACGAUGAUGCGUACUCGGAGGGCGCCUCGUCCCAGGGCUACGACACGGAAGACCUGCACGCGCUGCUGCGGCUCGAGAUUCCGGACAAUGCGUACCUGACGUUUGGCAGUGAGUACGACGACGAUGACGAAGACGGUGACGAUGAAAUGUCGGACGACGGCGACGACGAGUAGAGCCUUUCCAUAUAACGAACUGCAAGCCCUAAACGCCACCGUUGAGUACAGUG